AAAACUGUGGCUAUGUAUGUUCAGCUUGAAUUUGCUAGCAGUGAUGCAAUUACGUUACACUGUUUAAUAGAAGGAGCAAAAUCACUAUCAUAAAUAAUAUUCUAUUACAUGCAGACAUACGGCCGAAUACAUCUUGGCAUUUUCUAUUUUUAUUUAUUAAAACAAUUAAGGCAUUGCAUAAUGAAGACAGCUUUUUGAAGAAUGGAGACAUGAUUUGAAUUUCUAGUGAUGAAAAGUAAAGUAAACGGUUCUUGAAUCAAUAUAAACAUAAAUCUAGGAAAGGAUGACAGGAGCAUCAUAGCACAUAUUUUGGAAUAAAAUCUUCCAUCCAGAUGUAAUAAGAAUAUAAUUAGCAGCUGAGCAUAGCGUAGCAUGUGACAGUGAUGGAACCACAUCUAGUGAGGCAUUAUCAGGUUUGUCAAAUGGGUACUAUAAAUAUAUGAUUAAGCAGAUGUAUUGAAAAAGAUUCUCAUAACUAUCUUAUACAUCAAGUGAGCAACAACAUAUAAAAACACCUCUGCCAUACCAAACAUCGAUACAAUGAAGUAUUCCUUUAAUCUGUCCAAUCAAUAAUUUUAAAACAAGGUGAUAUAGCUCGACAUUAUUGACAAACGUCUAAUUAGGAUUCUGUCAAUCACAAAGACUUUAAUACGUAGAAGCAGCGCCACAAAUGAAUCACUUUGAAAGAGAUAUGUCAUUUAUCAAAAAGAGGAGUUAACACUGUCGGCUGGUGGAUUAAGUUAAAGUGAAUGCUCAAAUGGAGACAUGGAGCAGUAACUCAUCAAACAUUGGAGGAAUGGAUGACAGGAUUAGGGAUUUAGACAAGCUAUAUGCAUUUAUACUCACAUUGGUAAUUAUCAUUUCAAUUCUGGGGAAUAUACUUGUGAUGUUGGUCAUCAAAGUAAAUAAGACAUUACAUACAACAACAUCAGCCUUUGUGUUUAAUCUGGCUGUUUGUGACAUUUGCUUAGCUGUGUUUGUGAUCCCAUUCAGCGUUAUAACCCUGCUUUAUGAUCGGGAGUGGAUGUUAGGAACAAUUAUGUGUAAUAUUGUUGCUUAUCUCUCAGUGCAAUGCUGCGUAUCAUCUAUAAUGUCACUGACCAUGAUCAGUUUAGAACGUCAUACUGCUAUAAACUAUCCACUAAAAAGCACUUCAUUACUGACAAAACAGCGGGUAGGAUACCUCAUAGUAUUUAUAUGGAUAUUUGGUGCCAUUUUCGCCUGUAUGGGGUUCACACCUCUUGGGCCCUAUGGGUUCUCUCCAGGGAAAGCCAACUGUGCCCCCCUGCCAUAUAGUAUCCCACUGCUCACACUGGCGGUCUGUUUGCCCAUGUUUACAAUGCUCGUGAUGUACAUAGGCAUUUCUAGGACUGCCAUGAAGCAGGCAAAGAAAGGUACGCUUGUUUGUGAUGCCAACAACUGCCGAUUUGUCUCAAAUAAGAAAGGAGAAAUGAAAGCUGUGAAAACACUGUGUAUAAUUACAGGUGUGUUCUUUCUGUGUUGGGCACCAUUUGUUAUAGUGAACAUGAUCUCUCUCAGUCAUAACAUUUCCUAUAAUAUGGACUCAGUGACACAAUGGCUGCCAUUCCUCAGCACAUCUCUCAAUCCAUGGAUGUAUUCCCUGCUAAAUCGCUCAUUUAAACGUGGAAUGAAAAAACAAUGGCGGAAAGUUAAGGAUCGUUUCCGUAGUAUGAAAGUUAAACCAGCGGAGAACAGCGUUGAAGAAAAUGCAACAGAGCUUAAAACUAAAGCCAGACCUACAUUGACACCAGUGACAAAUUUACAUGAGAAAAAGAAUGCUGAGCUAAGUAGUCCUUCAAAAGAUAAAAGCAAGACUGGAAAACAAGCUGGGAUCAAGGUAAAGGAGAUAGAAGCUGACAAUGUAACGAACAUUAACAUUAUAUCUGAUGGAAAACUUGAAUGCUGAAUAUGAUGAACAUCCAAAUGGCUAUAAUUGUUAUAUCUCUAGUGUUACCCAUGAUUGAAAUGCCUUGGCGGGCAUGUUUUGAAAUGAAAAAAUGCUCAAAGGGAGAAAGAGAUAUGAGAUAUUUCAUUCAGUCUAGUAAGUAAUAACAUGACAAAUUAAAUAACAUGGAGAUAAACUUGCUCAACCCUUAAUGUAUAAUGAAUGAAUGCAUCCCACAUAUAUUUUCCCAGCUGUUUAUUUAAAACAGUAUAAACUUGCAAUGUAUUCAAUGUAGUAAUGUUAUGUAUGAUGAAGUUGACCUCCAUAUUGAUUUUGGAGAUGUAAUACUGUUUCUUGAUCAAAAGACACUUUGCUAAUCGAGCCUUUGCAAUAAAGCUUCUACUAAUUGCAUUAGGCAGGAGUCUCGAUUUUGAUUCUUGAAUUUUCUGAGUUCACUUGUUAACUAACAGUGAUCAUGUGACUAUUUAUACCACUGCAACAUGAUCAAUUGUAAUAAAGCAACUCGUUAAAAUAGCAAACAGAUCAUUAGUCACUAUUGGUUGCUGCUAAAAUGGACAGAUUAAACCAUGAUGUAGAUAGGAAAGUGAUGCACAAAAUAGCAAUCAUAUUGUCAGAUCUUUGAAACAUUAUUUUGAAUUUUAC